AUGCGGUCUAGUUUGAAAACCCUGCGGCCUCUAGGCUUAGCACUCGCGCUCAUCGCCCCCCUUGCGAUGUUCUUUUAUCUGUAUACCGAAGGGCCCCAGGCACUGCUCAGUCCAAAAACAGAGUUGUCGCACUCGGCCGUUCUGAUCGAGACGGCUUCAACAGGCACCGUACCACCACAACCCUCGCCCGCCACCGAAAAGUCUCAACCCACCGCGCAAAUCUAUCGCGUUCCCGAGAAGGCGUGGCAUUCCGCCAAGUUUGACAAUCUGACCGAAAAUCAACGGGGAUGGAUUGGAAGCUGGACCAAGACCAACCCCUAUUGCCGCCAAGAAUUGCUGACGGACCGAUCGGCACAGGCCUUUGUGCGGGCUCACUUCCACGAGACACGUCCAGACAUUGUCGAGAUCUACGAGGCCCUUCCUAUAGCCAUACUGCGGGCAGAUCUUCUCCGGUACCUGAUUGUGCUGGCAGAGGGCGGCAUCUGGGGGGACCUAGAUGUCACUUGUGAAAAGGAUGUCGCGGAGUGGGUCCCGGCUGAAUACCGGAACAGCACGAUCGACAUGAUCGUCGGAUUGGAGUUCGACAUGCCAUGGCGAGGGCCAGGAAAGCCUAUCGCAUCGCAAUUUUGUAAUUGGGUGUUCGUCGGACAGAAGUCUUCACGGAAUCUGCAAGUCGUUGUAGAUUCUGUCAUCGCGAAAUUGAAGCAAAUCGCCCAUGAAAAUAAUGUCACCAUCAGUGGACUCACUUUGGAAAUGCUUUCUGACGUGGUGGAUGUCACUGGACCGAAGAUGAUGACAAUCGCUAUUUUGAAAAGUCUCGAACAGCUACUUAACAGAACUGUCGAUGAUCGUGACUUCGCGGGCAUCAAGCAGCCUAAGCUAGUGGGCGAUGUGCUCAUCAUGCCGGGCAAUGCGUUUGCUGCAAAUCAGAACAAUCAUCCGACCGACCAAGGUGAUAUUCUUGCGACACACCACUAUGAGGGCUCAUGGAAAAAGGAAGAUGCAGAGGCAAAGGAAAGAAAAAAGCAGAAGCAGCAGGCCGUACCGGCUCCGGAUAGCUUAGCAUCAGCAGCAUAG